GCGAAAAUGAACGACUCAGAUGUAUCCAAGCAGAUCCAGCAAAUGGUGAGCUUCAUCCGCCAAGAAGUGGAGGAGAGAGCUAACGAGAUCUUUGUUUCAACUGAAGAGGAAUUUAACAUUGAGAAGCUUCAGUUGGUGGAGGCAGAGAAGAAUAAGAUCAUGCUAGAGUACGAGAAGCAAGUCGAAGUUCGAAAGAAGAUUGAGUAUUCGAUGCAGCUUAAUGCAUCUAAGAUCAAGGUCCUUCAGGCUCAAGAUGAUGUGGUUAAUGAAAUGAAAGAAUCGGCAUCCAAGGAACUUCUGAAUGUGAGCCGUGAUCAGUGUGUGUACAAAAAUCUUUUGAGAGAUGUCAUUGUUCAGAGUUUGGUAAGACUGAAAGAACCUGCUAUCUUAUUGCGUUGUAGCAAAGAUGAUGUGCACUUAGUGGUGUCUGUACUGGAUUCAGCAAAAUGGGAAUAUGCUUCUAAAGUUAAUGUUGAUCCACCGAAGAUAUUCAUCGACGAUGUCCAUCUUCCCCUGCACCUUCUCACCACAACGCUCAUGGUCUUUUUUUGCUUUGGAGGUAUUGUGCUAGCAUCUCAAGAUGGAAAUAUUGUUUGUGAGAACACCUUGGAUGCCCUGUUGGAUGUUACGUUCAAUAAAAAGCUUAUAGAGAUACGCAAGUGGCUCUUUGGUCAGGUUGGUGCUUGA